UCUGAUGAGUGCAUAGAGCAGGAAUGGGCUCGUUUGGAGAGAUGCUGUGGAUUAUACACUCAGUGGGACUUUAUGCCCAAAUCAGCGUGAAUUUGGCAGUGGACAAUCCCGUAUCUGGAAACGCUCUUUUCACCGAGGUUCCUCAUGACGUGGUCUCUCAGGCUGGAGAUGAUGUGGAGAUGGCCUGCUCCUUCAGAGGUGUUAGCUCCUCCUCCGUCUCCUUGGAGAUCCAGUGGUGGUACACCAGACACAGCAGAGAGUGGGCGGAGCAACCAGCAUGGACAACCAAUCAGGUGGUUUCACAGGAAAACACACCAAAGGGGGCGACUAAAAUAAGCGUGGUAAAAGUGGUUGGCAGCAACAUCUCACAUAAGCUUCGUCUGUCUAGCGUCAGGCCAUCAGACGAGGGAACGUACGAGUGUCAGGUCAUCGACUUCAGUGAAAGCCGAGCCCAGCGGCACAGAGUUCAGGCGUAUCUGCAGGUACAGCCAGACAUCCUGAGUCCCGUCCACAACAGAGACCAGAAGAAAGAAGAGGAGAAGAACACGUCAGAGCAGAACGCAGGUCCUGAAGACCACCAGAAGGGCCACCAUAAGAAAGAAGAAGAGCAGAGGACGUGGCAAGUGGCUCAUCAGUUUUAUAAAGAGGAUCAUCAUCAGCUCCACGAGGGGAACAAGACAAGAGCGGGGAAGAAACAGCAAUCAGAGAGCAGAGAUGUGAAGACAGAGUGACUGUCCUGCUGAAAACUGCACGUGAGAAGAGAGACGCCUCGAUAAACUAGAACAGUCCUGAUGUUACAAACCAUAUCCUGACACAAUUUGUCCGCAUAAUUAGUCUUAACAUUAAUUUUAUUGCGAACUGAAACGGAUUUGUGCUUCUUCUAUCAAAAAGAACCAGCAAUGUGUAGAUUUAAAGGGAUAGUUUGCCUAAAAAUGAACAUUCUGUCAUCAUUUACUCAUCCUCGUGUCAUUUCAGACCUCUUUGACUUUCUGACAAAUUGAUUCAAACUAUUUAAUAGCUUUUAGAAUUGAACCUACUCACUUUUGGAACCAUUUCUGUUUGCUGGUCAUCUUAAAAACACUAGGAAGUCAGCAAACGUUUGUUUUCUUUGCGUUGCACGUCGAUAUAAAAGUUCAGGUUUUACUCCGGCUACACCUCUCCUGAUUUUUUGGUCAUCUGGUCAUCGUAAGGAGAGGAGAAGAAUAGGAUGAAUAAAACAGCAGCAGAAAUGAGAGCUGAUUAUUAAUGACUGAGAAGAAAUGAAGAGGGUGAAUUUAGCUGAGGGCAGAGAGUGACAUAUUAAUGUAUUCAUUAAAAAGGAAGGACAGAUAAGGACUGAAUGUAAUAUAUUAUUUGUGUUAGUGAUGUUUACCUUUACUGAUCUAUACUCCUACACAUUUUAUUUGUAUGUGAUUUUCAUUUGUUUAGCUUGUAUCAUGACAAAAUUGUGUUGCGCACAAGAUGGUAAAUGGCUGUGUGUGUGUGUGCUUUAUAAGACUUAGAAAUAGAGCUACAUUUCUAAAUGGGCUUUUCCAUUAAUGUUGAACAGUUGAACUGCAGUUUUCUGACGUUAAAGUGAUUUUAAUGAUGCAUCUUCUGUAUAUCCGCUUUGAUGUUCUGUAUGGAAGCAGAUGUUUCAGUUAUGUAACUUUAUGGUAUUUCUGAAGAUACACUCUAAAAAACGGAUAAA